AUGACGCCUCGUCCGCGUCCGUCGCCCUCGCGCGCGCCGCGCGCCGCGCGCGACGACGAAUCGCCAUCGCACCGUCCGUUCGCGCGCAAGCACGACGCCAACGUCAAGCGCACCGCGCCCGCGCGCGCGAUCGUCAAGCCCGCGAGCGCGCGAAAAGCGACGCGCGACGGCGACGUCUCGCGCGGCCUCGUCGCGCGAUCGCGCGAGGGCGCGCGCGCGAGGCGCUCGAACGAACGCAAACGAAUCGACGUCAAGCGCGCGAUCGAAGACGGGGAGAUCGAGGACGUGUACGACCUGACGAACGCCGCGGCGGGCGACGCGCGGCGCGGCUCGGGCGACGACGCGACGACGCGCGAGGAGACGGAUCCGCACAAGCUGCGACAACGACAGCGACAGAUCGAUUACGGGAAGAACACGCUCGGGUACGCGCGAUAUCGCGAGCUCGUGGCGAAGAGCGCGAGGAGAUCGAGCGAUGCGUGGACGCCGAACAUUCGCGCGGGAAUGUCGAAACGCGCGUUCGACGGCGCGGUGCGCAAGUGGCGACGGUUGUUGCACGCGUACGAUCCGCCGGUGGAGGACGACGAGGAGAUGGUUCGCGUGCCCGUGGAUCCACUCGCGAGACCGAACGGGACGCUGAAACCCGGAGAGUACGUGCCGCGAGAGUUGGCCGAGGCCGCCGAGGCGCGCGCGCGCGCCAAAGCCGAAGCCGAAGCCGCCGCGCGCGACGGUCGACGCCUUCCCGUGGUCCGCCUCGCGCCGCUGCGCGCCGCCGACGUCGCGACGCGCUCCACGCUUCCAUCGCGCGCGGACAUGAGCCCCGGUUGGGACGCCGUCACCCCGACGCCUCGCAAGCGUCCGGGAUUCGCGCCGUCGUCCGACGCGGCGCGCGCGACGGACGCGACGGACGCGACGGACGCGAUGGACUGCGACGCCCCCGUUCCCGACCUCGCGCGCCGCUCCAUAUACGACGAUUGGGAGGGCGAAGAUUUCGUCGGCGUCGUCUAG